AUGAGCACUAUCGCGCAUGCAUCCACGACUACUGGGUUAGUCGAAGACUCUAAAUCUACCGUCAAGAGAUCAGGAAAUGUCACUUCAUUGAGCACCAACGUGCCAUCUUCCAACUUGACAACGAUAGAUACUAAUGGAAAUGUGUUCAAGGUUCCUGACUACACAAUCAAGGAGAUCUUACAAGCUAUUCCCAAGCACUGUUACGACAGGUCUUUGACCAGAUCAUUGGGUUAUGUGGUGAGAGAUAUCACCAUGAUGGUUUUGAUUGGAUACAUUGGACACAAAUUCAUUCCACAACUUGAGAUUUCCGGCCAUGAAACCGUUUCAACUGCACUUCGAGGUGCUGCUUGGAUGGUGCAAUCGUAUAUGAUUGGAUUGUUUGGAUUUGGGUUAUGGAUAUUGGCGCAUGAAUGUGGCCACGGUGCUUUUUCUGACUAUCCAAAAGUCAACGACUUUAUUGGUUGGGUUCUCCAUUCAUACUUGGUUGUGCCAUACUUUUCAUGGAAGUACAGUCAUGCAAAGCAUCACAAGGCUACUGGUCACUUGACCAAGGAUAUGGUAUUCAUCCCAUAUACAAAGGAAGAGUAUUUGAAAAAGAGUAACGUUGAGAAAGUUGAGGAUUUGAUGGAAGAGAGUCCAAUUUGGACUUUUGCCAUUUUGGUGUUUCAACAAUUGGGUGGCUUACAAUUCUACUUGGCCACGAAUGCCACUGGGCAAGAAUACAAGGGAACUACUUGGUAUGGUCGAUCACACUACUCCCCAACUUCACCUGUUUUUGAAAAAAGCCAGUACUGGAAUAUCAUCUUAUCUGACAUUGGUAUCAUUACUACAUUCACUGUUGUUUACCAAUGGUACAAGAACUUUGGAUUAUUCAAUAUGAUGAUCAAUUGGUUUGUUCCAUGGUUAUGGGUCAACCAUUGGUUGGUAUUUGUCACGUUCUUACAACACACAGACCCCACUAUGCCCCAUUAUACCGCCAAGGAGUGGACUUUUGCUCGUGGUGCAGCAGCUACAAUUGACCGUAAUUUUGGAUUCAUUGGGCAACACAUUUUCCAUGAUAUUAUUGAAACUCACGUUUUACACCAUUAUGUGUCUAGAAUCCCAUUUUACAAUGCAAGAGAAGCCACCGAAGCCAUCAAGAAAGUUAUGGGUGAACACUAUAGAUACGAAGGGGAGUCAAUGUGGGUCAGUUUGUGGAAGUGUCUUAGAAGAUGCCAAUUUGUUGACGACGAUAAGGAGGAUGCAAAGGGAGUGAUGAUGUUUAGAAACGUCAACGGACUCGGUGUUCAACCAAAGAACUAA